AACAGGUACUAACUAUUGAUAUUUAACUGCUUUUAAGAUUUAUUAUUGAGUCUUAACUCCAAGUGAUGUGGGUUUUGGAGCUAGACUCGAAUCAGUUCUGAUCCAGUCGGAUUUUGUAUUUCUUUUUGUUGUGGAUUAAGUCAUAAAGGAGGGAUUUUUGGGGGUUGUGAGUGAUAUGAAGAAGCGGGAAAAUUUGGGAUUAGGGUUCGAGUGGCAUGUUAUCUUCUGGUUAUCGAUUUGGUUGGCGAUUUCGCAACAAGCGCUGGGACUGAGACCUAUUAGGGAGAAAUCUCGAUCAUGGAGUGACGAGUGGUUCUUUGGUAGGAAACAAGAAGCUGAAGUAGGACCGUUUUCUGCAUGGAAUAUAACAGGAACAUAUAGAGGAACUUGGAAGUUUCUGAAUUCCGUCAAUAGCUCUUCGAAGUUUCAAGACUUUCAAAAAGAAAAUGGUAAUUCUGUGGUUGAGUUAGUGGCAGCUCCUACAAAGAUAACUGGUGUGCACUAUGUUCAGGGUGUAGUUGUUUUCCAUGACGUAUUUGACAAUGAACAAAAUGUGGGUGGUGCCCAAAUAAAUCUGGAAGGUGUAUAUAUAUGGCCCUUUAGACAACUCCGCCUUGUGGCUAACAGCGGCAAGGAGAGUGAUUCAGGGCAAGAAGACAAUAAUCUUCUCUCAAAUCCCUAUCAUCUGCUUGGAAUUUUCUCCUCUCAAGUGUUUCAAGAAUCUCCAAGAGACAGAUUACUGAAACGGAAACUUUCUCCAGUAAAUGAAAUGGAGAAGCACUGUAACAUCGAAAUAGCAGCUCAAGUAUCCCGCGUGGCUUCUGGUGAAAAUAGUAUGCAUUCUAACUUUAAACAUCGAGAUGGAGACAAAAAUUAUUAUCACAUGGAAGGAUUGAUGGAAAGUCCUGGGGUAGGCGAUGACGGAGAUUGUUUUUCCCCUUUGUUACUGAAUGCAACUUCUGUAAAUGCCGAAGUCUACUAUAACAAAGCUGUGAACUAUACACUGAUGGUCACUUUUGUCUCCACUCAAAAGUCUUACCCUUUCAUAACAGAAUGCCGAGCACUUGUGCAAAUUUAGCGUGUUCCUUAACUUUCUAUUGCAUUUAGAUCUCUUUCCUCCAGGUUCUUUUGUUGAUCCGGCAAAUGGAGCACGGUAACACACAAUCUGUAAGAUACUGAUGUAAACCAGAUGGUCUGAUAUUUUUAUUCUUGUACAGAAUGAAUAAAAAAUACUAACUUCC